AUGAUUUAUGGAGUUUAUAUUGUAAGUAAGUCAGGAGGGUUGAUAUUUCAUCACGAUCAUUCCGUGCCACGUAUAGAAACAGAGAAAACCUUUAGUUAUCCACUCGAUCUUAAACUAGACUUUGAUAAGAAAUUCAUUACUGUUGUUUUUGGACAGCGGGAUGGUAUUUUUGUUGGGCAUCAUUUGAUGGCUGUAAACGGAACGCAAGUUAAUGGAACUUUACUGGAAGAUGGAAAGGAAGUGAAGGAAAUCCUCGAAAAGGAGGAAAACUAUCCACUUAAUCUACGAUUUUGUCGACCAAGAAUGACAACAAAUGAGAAGAUUUUCCUAGCGUCAAUGUUCUAUCCACUUUUUGCGAUUGCUAGUCAAUUAUCGCCUGAACCAAAAAGUUCAGGAAUCCAAAUACUCGAAGCUGAUACAUUUAGACUGCACUGCUUUCAGACACUAACUGGUGUUAAAUUUAUGGUCGUUGCUGAACCCAUUCAGACUGGAGUGGAAGUGCUGUUGAAGAAAAUUUAUGAGCUGUAUUCAGAUUAUGCAUUGAAAAAUCCGUUUUAUUCACUCGAGCAACCAUUAAGGUGCGAAUUAUUUGAUCAGAAUUUACAGUUACUUCUGGAUAAUUUCGAAAAGAAUGGAAUUACGAAUAUUUAA